CAUCUCCUCUUUUACUGUGUCUGACCCAUCCUCUGCCUAUUACGCCUUGUCUGGCUGACUGCGGGCCAAUGGUUAAUAUUUUGUUGAAAAGUCGAAAUCCUGUUACGAAUUACAUAGUUAUUUAUCGAUAAGAACAUGCAGUUGCAUAAAAACAACUCGAGACUUGAACAUAUUGCGUUUGUUAAUAUAGAUAAAUGAGAAUUACUGCCUGAGAAAUAAUUGGGAAAGUACAUAAGUCUUUAUGUUAAUUAUUAUUAGCCUACUAUUAUUUUUGUCCCCUCUGAAUUUAAAUGUAGAAUGUUAAGACAUCCACGGUUUGUAGACAGUGUGAUGCCUGAACAGGUGUAGAGUGAAAAUAUGAAGUGUAUGCUGCAUUACAGUGCACAGGGUGGGAGUAUGGCUAGUUUUGUUUUGCAUCCACCGCCUUGACUGUAAAAGAAGAAGAGUUUUGACCAAUCACAUACGUUAUAUCAGACGCGCGCACAGGACGACGGGAAUUUUAUCGCAAAUCUUAACUUCGCAACUACAAGGAUCUUGGCGGUUGAUAUUUAACUGUAUCACUAAAUUAAAAAAGAUUGAAACCUUCACUCAAUUAGAAAUUCUUGUCGUUGCAUCUAUCCUACCAGUUUGGCUUUCCAUAUUUAAAUGAAAUAUAGCUGGAAGCUAGUAAGUUAGCAUAGCCAGUUAGCAUAGCCAUUGUUUAUCCGCAAAUUGGCUUUCCUUACUUCAGUGGCGCUACCAAUGUGCCCUGGAUAGUGCGCUAAGCUGUUGUACAGCACAUAGUUUUAUUUUUUAUAUUUUGCAUUUAUCCUUAAUACUGACGGUGCAUUCCACAAACCCGCUUUGAAGUAAACACGAACGAAUAUGACUUCAGCCUCUGCAAAAGUCGGCGAGAUCUUCUCAGCAGCAGGUGCUGCCUUCACCAAACUGGGUGAACUCACCAUGCAGCUGCACCCAGUAUCCGAUUCUAGUCCUGCAGGAGCCAAGUGGACAGAAACGGAGAUAGAGAUGCUACGUGCUGCUGUAAGGCGCUUUGGCGAUGACCUGAACAACAUCAGUUCUGUAAUAAAGGAGCGCACAGUUGCUCAAAUUAAGACCACAGUGAAAAGGAAACUGUAUGAAGACAGCAGAGUUCCUCUCUCACCUGAAUCUCCCAAAAAGCCCAUGAAGAAAACCACUGUGGCUUUGGCUGCUGCCCCUGCUUCCGUGGCGCUCACCGUGCCAACGUCACAAGUUGUUGUGACAGCAGGCCUACAGAGUCAGUCCCCUAUGCCCCCCCAAAUCAAAAAACAAAAGACAGCAGAUGUUACUUUGAGUGCGCUGAAUGACUCUGACGUGAACAGUGACCUGGUGGACAUCGAAGGUCUUGGAGAGGGUUCCACCAAGAAGCUGAACUUUGAUCAAGAGAGCCUGAAUUUGGACUCUAGUUUGAUUAUGAACUCCAGCGAUCUGCCCCUGCUUUCGCGUUGACCUCACCAGACCUUCCCUUGACCCCCCAGGCGUAGAAGACCGUCAAAAGCGCGUGGCUUGACCGAAGUCAAGUACCACGAUUUCAUAUGUUGUACAGUACUGUGUGUCUUUUUCUAGAUUGUUAGAUGUGUUUUUAGUUUGGAGUCCCUUUUUACAAAAUGCACUCACCAAAAUAAAUUCCACAUUCAGGGUU